AUGUUUAUGGGGGUGGACGAUAUUACGCGCCUCACGACCGUCUCGGCUGGCUGGGAGUCGGAAAUGCUGCGCCUGUUGCACUACUGCGGACCUACCAUUACGCACCUGUCGCUAUGGCAGACGGAGUCGCGUGCGCUGCUGCGCGACGCCGCGCAGGUCAAGCGCACGACGGCUGCUGCGCAGCCGAUCUGGGCAAUUGGCGAGCAGCUCCUGCUCGACGAUACGCCGGACGAGGAGAUGUACGCGCCGGUCGACCCCGGCGACAUCCCGCGCUGGCUCCAGGCCGAGCUGGAUUCGGCGCCGGCCGAUCAAGUCGCCAAGCAGCACGCCGCGCACUUUCCCUUCGCGCCGCGCGCCAACACGGCGGCCUUGUGGCGCGACCGGCCCCGGCCACGCGCGUGCACGCCACGAUACCUGAGCCUUGUAAUGAGUUACCCCUUUUACGAAAACGAGCGCCCGGACCUCUUUGCAAACAUGACCAUCUGGUCCGAGGUGGAGGAGCUCGACAUCUACAUGGCAGGCGACGCCGCCAAGUCGCUCUACCUCCUUGCGCGGCUCGGCGAGACAAAGAUCAAGCGCCUGCGCGUGUCAUCGGCGCACGCUUCGUUUGCGCUGGAAGUCGAGUCGUCUGCCGACGCCGAGCCGUCGGAGACGCGGCCGAAGCCAUGGUGGACGAAUGCGUGUGCGGCGCUCGACGAGCUCGUCACCUCGCGCGAGCUCGCGCAGGCGUUUGUGAACGAGUUUGCCGGGCGCUUUAUGGACGAUCCGCUGGUGCUCGAGACCGCGUGCCUGCGGCGCCUCGAGGGCGAGCCGCCCGCGGGGGCGUGGAGCAACGCGCCGCUGGAGGCCGAGCUUGCGGCCAGGCGCAAGCGCCUGGCGGUGCGCCUUACACUUACCCAGGGCAACCAGGCGAUCUGGGGCAAGCUCAAGCACCGGCAAUGGGACUUUCGGGAGCGUGCACAGUACGGCCGCCCCGGGGCGUGGUCGCUGCUGCUUCGAUAG